CCGUCCCCGCCGUCCGCGCCCGGCGCCCGCAGCCCGAGCCGCACCCGCCGCGGACGGAGCCCAUGCGCGGGGCCCAGUCGGCGCCCGUCCGCGCCCCCGCCCUGCCCCGGCCCCGGCCCCGGGGGCAGUCGCGCCAGCAAGCGGUGGGGCAGGAGCUCCUGGAUUGGCAGCCCCUGUAGAAGCGAUGACAGAAUACAAGCUUGUGGUGGUGGGCGCUGGAGGUGUGGGAAAGAGUGCCCUGACCAUCCAGCUGAUCCAGAACCAUUUUGUGGACGAGUAUGAUCCCACUAUAGAGGACUCCUACCGGAAACAGGUAGUCAUUGAUGGGGAGACGUGUUUACUGGACAUCUUAGACACAGCAGGUCAAGAAGAGUAUAGUGCCAUGCGGGACCAGUACAUGCGCACAGGGGAGGGCUUCCUUUGUGUAUUUGCCAUCAACAACACCAAGUCCUUUGAAGACAUCCAUCAGUACAGGGAGCAGAUCAAGCGGGUGAAAGAUUCAGAUGAUGUGCCAAUGGUGCUGGUGGGCAACAAGUGUGACCUGGCCGCUCGCACUGUUGAGUCUCGGCAGGCCCAGGACCUUGCUCGCAGCUAUGGCAUCCCCUACAUUGAAACAUCAGCCAAGACCCGGCAGGGUGUGGAGGAUGCCUUCUACACACUAGUACGUGAGAUUCGGCAGCAUAAACUGCGGAAACUGAACCCGCCUGAUGAGAGUGGCCCUGGCUGCAUGAGCUGCAAGUGUGUGCUGUCCUGACACCAGGCUCAGGACGUGGAGGUGCCGGAUGCAGGGAGGAGGUGCUGUCGGAAGGAAGGAAAGAGGAGGGAAGGAAGGAAGCGAUGCUGGAGCCAGUGCAGUCCAGGGAUGGUGGACAGAUGUGCCCAAGACCUUCGCAUGGACAAUUUGAACAGACUGUCAUGAACUAUCCCUGCUGCCACUGGCACCCAAGUCCUCCGCCCCUCUCAGCUCCCUUGGGCGCCUAUGAGGGCACAUGUUGAAUCACAGUAAAUUAUUUGAUGGUCUUG